UCUUCCUCUUCCUUCUACCAAAGGCCUCCUGUAUCCCAGCAUGCCGUGCAGCAGGCCACUCUGCUAGGCCGCGGCAGCAUGGGCGGAGCCUCAGGACGGCGGGACGCGACGGACCGGACGGGCACACACACACACAUACACACACACCCCGCUGCUGCUCAUGGGUGAGGACGGAGAGAGUCCCAAACUCAACCACAGCUUCCUCCGAGACUACGUCACUGAGGCUGAUGUCAUUUCUACGGUGGAGUUUAACCAGACGGGGGACCUUCUGGCCACAGGGGACAAGGGGGGGCGAGUGGUCAUCUUCCGAAGGGAACCCGAGGUUAAAGGAGAAGAGGAGGAGCUUGGGGAAGCAGGAGAGUACAAUGUCUACAGCACGUUCCAGAGCCACGAGCCGGACUUUGAUUACCUAAAGAGUCUGGAGAUCGAGGAAAAAAUCAAUAAGAUUCGCUGGCUGCCCCAGCAGAAUGCUGCCCACUUCCUCCUCUCCACCAAUGAUAAGACCAUAAAGCUGUGGAAGGUGAGUGAGAGGGACCGGCGGCCAGAGGGCUACAACCUGAAGGACGAAGAGGGACGGCUAAAAGACAUUUCCACAGUUACCUCACUACAGGUUCCCGUAUUAAAGCCCACAGAUCUGAUGGUGGAGGUCCGUCCCCGCCGUGUGUUUGCUAACGGUCACACGUACCAUGUUAACUCCAUUUCCGUCAACAGCGAUGGGGAAACGUACCUCUCUGCAGACGACCUGAGGAUCAACAUGUGGCACCUGGACAUUACUGACCGUAGCUUCAACAUCGUGGACAUUAAACCAGUGAACAUGGAGGACCUGACAGAGGUGAUAACGGCGGCGGAAUUCCACCCCCACCACUGCCACCUGUUCAUCUACAGCAGCAGCAAAGGGACUCUGAGACUCUGUGACAUGAGGGCAUCGGCACUGUGUGACAGACACGCUAAGAUUUUCGAGGAGCCGGAGGACCCGGGGAAUCGCUCUUUUUUCUCAGAGAUCAUUUCCUCCGUUUCGGACGUGAAGUUCAGCCACAGUGGGCGCUACCUGCUCACGCGGGAUUACCUCACUGUGAAGGUGUGGGACCUCAACAUGGAGAAAGGCCCUGUAGAGACCUACCAGGUGCACGAGUACCUGCGCAGUAAACUCUGCUCGCUAUAUGAGAACGACUGCAUCUUUGACAAGUUUGAGUGUGUGUGGAACAGCACAGAUAGUGUGAUCAUGACUGGAGCGUAUAACAGUUUUUUCCGGAUGUUUGACCGGGAGACAGGUCGGGGGGUCACCCUGGAGGCCUGGAGGGAGAGCAGUAAGCCCAGGGCCGUGCUGCGGACCCGCCGGGUUUACACCGGGGGGCGUCGUCGCCGUGGCGAUGUGGGGGUGGACAGCCUGGACUUCACUAAGAAAAUCCUGCACAUGGCCUGGCAUCCCGCAGAGAACAUCAUCGCCAUAGCAGCAACAAACAACCUCUACAUCUUCCAGGACAGAGUGAACUCGGAAAACCCAGAAAACCAGUGACAGGAACAACUUCUACACUCACUCGGCCGCUGUCAUAAGAAAAACUCUCCACUCUUUUUAUUUGUUUUUUUUACACCAUUUGAAAAUGCCACCUGUUCUUUUUAUGAACAGUUCAUAACAGACAUGUAAAUCUCUGACCUUCUCUGACGUUCUUUAGUAAAUUAUUCAGUCAUAAAAUCUCAAAUUUCUCUAUGACUGAACUUGAUAUUGUGGUAUGAUUCAGAACCAUUUUUAAAAAUACUGAAUACACAAAUGUAACUGGAGAAAGUAUUUAUACAUUAGUGGAACAUAAACAAUAAAUUAAGACAAUGUUAGAUUACCGCACUUGUUUUGAAUAUAAUUAUAAGUGAUUAUGGCCAAAGUUAACAUUUAUAAACUAGGCAGUCGAAUCACCACCUUCAGUUCGAUGUGUCUACAUGUUUUUAUGACUAUUUUAUUGACGAAUGUAACAACAGACAUGGUACAAAAUGACUUUAAUUAUAAUCUCGCUACACCAUCGUACAUUGAACUGAAUACGUUUUUCUCUUUCUCACAUAAAGAUACUGUUUUAGAGAUUUAGAGGUUUUCUUAUGACAGUAACAAUGUAAACUCACAGAAAAGUUCCUGUGAAGAUGCAGUUCGACACUUUGUGGAACUACAGACACACUCACGGCUAAUCAUGGCUAAUCGCGGCUAAUCACUGCUAAUCGCAGCUAAUAAUCAGUGCCCGUUCCCUUUUACUGCCAAGAAUGUUGUGCAUUUUUUGCUUUGUGACUGACCACACCGUCAGCCAAUGACCUGAGAUACUGACUGCUUUCAGCCAACCACCAAACGCCCUAAGCCAGCGGUCAUCAGAGUCCAGCGUUGUCUGAUGAUUUCACUCCUUUUAUCCACCUACUAAAACAGUAAUUAGAGUAGCGGUCAUUAAUUAGAGAGAAGCAAAAUGAAUAAAGCAGAGUUAGAGUGGACACAUGUUGGGGAUGAAUGCAUCCCUACUAAGGAAAGAUACUGCAGGCGCGUGGUGCAUCGUGGGUAGGUGGACGGAUCAAGGCUGCAGUCAGGAGCAGCAGUUUAAUGUUUUCCCUGUGUAAAAUCCACCGGUCUGUACCUGCUGUCUACCUGCUGAGUGGACUCUGGGCUGGAAAACAGUGCAGGACCAAGAGGACAGCUGGACCUUGUGGAUCCUGUGUUCGGGAGUGUGAACUGCUGCUCUGGGACUGGACUGGAUGCAGUUACUCGGUUGUCAUGGUUACAUGGUUAAGCAGUCUUCCUAUCGUGUGCUUCCUAAAACAUAUCUCACAAUGCAUCUGUUAUUCUACAAGCACUGGACGGCUCAUCCCUGAUCACCAACGUCUACACCACAGUGGGAACUUCACACCACCAGGACGGAUCCUCACCAGUGUGAAGUAACACUGCACUGUCUGCACAUCCUGUUACCAUGGCAACGGGCCUUCUGCCGUCCCACAAUUCCUGCUCCACACGCACAGGCACAGUGAAGCAAUCAGGCGGAAGAAGCUGGAGUUUUUCAGUUGGACUUUUUCAGGGCACUCGCAUGUUUACCAUUAAACAGUGUUACUCAUGUAUGUAUAUUAAAGCAUAAACAUAUUCUAACCACACAAGCUGGAGAAAUAAAAGGAGGAAUGUGUAAAUAAGACAAUAUAA